AUGAAAAAAAACAGUCACUUUUUUUACAAAAAUGGAAAAACAGUCACAGUAGAUUUGGUUGCAAAUAGACAUAUGGUUGCAAACGAGAUUGGGGGUGAAACUCCACAUAAUGAUGGAGUUGGGAACGACCCUUAUACGCAGCUAGAUAGCGUGGCUGUUGGGGGCGAUGGGCCCGAGCUCCACGGUAUCGACAGUGUUGACGGUGGCGAGAAUAACAACAACAAUCAAAACAAUAACAACAACGAUGGCUCUCAUGAUAUGGACCAAGACGACAUAGAUCUCCAGAAUGCCAUUGGGGAUGUGUUCGGGCAAUUCGACUUUGGUCAGCUUUCCCACGAGGAUAAAGAAGAAGGAGGCACUGACCAGGGGGAGAUUGUUGCACAUGGCCAAGGGGUGGAACAGGAGAUGUCACAUGAAGUGAAUGUCCAUAGUAGUAGCGCUUCUCCACAACCGAACAAUAUAGAGUAUCAGAUGGAGAAUAAUGAUAAGGAGGAGCUGGACGACGACUUUGACUUGUCUGCUGCUAUAGGAGAUGCAUUUGCCAUGGUUGGUGAAUCAAAACUUGACGAGGCUGAGCCUUCAACAGAACAGACUUUAGACGACUCCAGAAGUGCCCAAGUAGACGAAGCCCCUGUAGAGCAGGAGCAACAUCAACAUGGAGCUAGUCAAGCUGAAGCGGAAGAGGUUGCCGAAGCAGUUUCUGAAGAAGUAGUUCAACUAGAGGAGGAAGAACAAGAAGAAGAUGAUAAUUUGGAUCUUGAAGCAGCCAUUGGCAAUGCAUUCCAGAGUAUUACUGGAGAACAUGACAAAGCGGAAGUAGAAGUAGAAGCUAUAGAAGCAGAUAAGGAUACCCAAGAAUUGGCACAACCGCUGGACAUUCAAGGUCAAUCUUCACAAGAUUCACCUAAAAAGGACAUGGAAGCUGGAGAGGAAGUCGUAGAGGAAGUCAGAUCUCUAGCAUCUGAUCAACAACAACAAAACGUCGCUGAGAAAACAGAAGCACCACAUGUUGAAGAAGACUCUGUUAUGGAGGAAGAUUUGGAUCUUGAAGGUGCAAUUGGUGAUGCAUUCAGAGCAAUUAAUGAGGAAAGUAAUGCGUUGGCCAAUCAUGAUAGCUCUGAAAUGAAUAAGGCACAUGAACAACAGGAGCCACAGCAAGAUGGUUUGAAUGAAGAUGACCUUAAUGCAGUGAUAUCAGCUUCAUUUAAGCUGCUUCUUGGUGAGGAAAAACUGGAUGAUAAACCUGUACAGUUUACACCAGAAGUUCCCUCAAUUCCUGAAACUACGUCUUCAGGAUUGAACCCUCCCGAUACAAGUCAUGAUGUUGAUAUGGACAUGGAAAGUGCAAUCAAUGAGGCGUUCAAAUCUGCCAUUGAGCCAUUCCCAUCAGCAACAUCAUCAUUAACUUCAAGUGCAGGGCAAACGGUUCCAAAUCCUGACCAUUCGUCGACAGCUCCAGAAGCCGAACAAUCAUUUGAUUUGUCCGGGGUAGUGCAAAAUAUUGUAAACCAAGUAGUUUCAGACAACCAUAAUGCAACUAUUCCGGAAGAUGUAUUACAGGAAUUGGCGUUGGAGAUCACAAACCAGGUGCAAGAUGAAUCUGCAAAGAAGAAACCUCAGCAUAUUGCUGAUAUGCCACAGAUUGAUGACAAUGUGUUGGCUCAUUUUCAGAACGAGGCGUACAAAGAUGAGCAUGGUAAAAAUGAGCCUUAUUAUGAAGAUAACAACAGUUUACAAGCUGCUUUGGCCACGGUAGUGAGAAAUGCCAUUGAGAAUAAUGCCACUACUUUAAGUGAAGGAUCUUCCCAAAGAAGAGCUUCCAUUAAACCAGAUGAUGCAGCUGACCUUGAACAACUUCGAAUGAGUGAAAUUCUCCAGAAUGCAUUUAAUAUGGCAAUGGAGAAUCCUCAUGAUUUACUUGCCGAUAUGGAAGAUGAAAGACCAGCGUCGACUUCUUCUGGUGCUGUGCCUGGUAGUGCAGUUGCUGCUGCAUUGGCAAAGUUAUCACAUCCCUUACCUUCUUCUACUACAACUUUCUUAGAGUCCUUAAAUCGCUCUCAAGAUAUUGAUUUGAGCUCUUCAUCAACUUCGAGAAGAAAGAAUGGCCAAAGUUCCGAUAGAAUAGCAUCUGUGGCUAAGAACAUCAUGAAUAAUCUUGUUAACCAAGAAACAGAAGGUGGUCACGAUACUCAUAAGAAGACAUUAUCUAUCGCAGAAACAUUAGCAUUACACAGAUCUUCUAUGGCUGGAAGAAGAGACUAUUCAUCUAUUGAAUCAUUGGAAGAAGUAUUGAGAAGUGAACAGCGGAGAAUAGGUACAAGGGCACCAUACCCGUCAUCAGCUUCUUCCACAACUUCAAGCGCAGGUUCAUUGGCAUUGAAUACUCAGUUAUCGAAUGCUCUCUCAUCCAUUUCUUCGCAUAUCAACUCUAACAAUGGGGGAGAAACAAACCUUCUCCAGGUUAUUCGACAGAUGACCAAUUCACUCUCCAGUAGUAAAUUACCAGGAUACACAUUUCUUGGCUCUUCGAGUGCACCCUCAGUUCAUGAAAUUAUCGCUAGCUAUAAAGAAAAAGACAGCUUAACAGGAAUAACCAAUUCACUUAAACUUGCAAGACAGUUUCUUGAGAGGAGCCAGUCGUUGGAUACAGAAAACAAGGCUGUAUCUGUGAUUGAUAAUGUAUUGGAAAUGUUCAACAACAAUAAUAAUACAUUAUCGUCAAAUCAAUUUGCAGAACUGUCAACCACAAACUCGAAGGAAUUACCACUCGAAUUUGCUGACAUUAAACUUGACUCUAUAUCUGUUAUUCGUGACUCAGUCAUUUCAUCUGUUUCCAAUUUCACAUCGAAAUCAUGGAGAGUUUCGUCAUUUUUAGGUGAGAAGCCAAAGAGUGACACUCCUGAAUAUAGAGAGAGGGUUAGAAUGGAAAACAGAGAGCGUAAGAAGAAAUGGAGAGAAGAAAAUGCCGAAAGAAACAAGGAUAAUGACUUGCGCUCGCGAGUAUUGAAAAGAGCGAUUGCUAUGUUUGGUGAAGCUGACACACCGGACAAGAAAGCCUGGGUAGACGAGGAAUUUACCAGAAGAAGAGAAAAGAGAUUGGCAAAGCAAAAGAAGGAUGACGACGAAAAGAGAAAUAAAAAUGAGUACUUUGAUAGUACUCUCGAUAAAGAAAAGGAAAACUCUUUAACUCACGAUCCAAACUUUGUAAAGAGUGUGACCGAUACGUUCAACAUUUUGUCAGGUAGUGCACUGAAAUCAGAUCCACAGGCAGCCAUGGCAGCUACUUCAGUUGCAACUGCUACUGCAGCAGCAAUUUAUGCGAAGACUAUUGGCUCGUUAGAUAUGCAUGAUGUCGCACAAGCGGUUUCAGGUAUUCUUACCUCGGUAAUGGAUAAUUCACAAGUCUUGGGACAAAAGGACCGGCUCCUUAGUCUUUCCAAGGGAAUUACACCAAGUUUCCGGGUAGAUACCAGCUCCACACCAGCCUCUAGCGACAAUACGACAACAACUACAGGCCCCGAAAGCGAAUUCAGUAAUUUGAUCAAGUCGAGUUCUAGCGGCCCAGGGGUUUUAAGUAGAAUAUCAGCAGGAUUACGCGGAUACUCAACUACUGACCCCAUCGCAUUACUUAAUAUGGAGAAUCUUUCAUUUAACAACGGCGAAAAGAGGAAACCAUCGACGUAUAUAAGUCAAGAACAAACCAAGAGACCGCGGUCGAUCUCCCCUCUGCUGGCGCAAAGAGUGCCAAUGACAGAAGAUUCAAAUAGGAAACUUUCCCCACACAAUUGGAAUCCCUCUACUUUGAAAAUGCCUCAGUACAAGAAACCAGAGAGUACAUCUACUGGUACUGGAACUUCAAGCAGUUCUAUUACAUCAAGUGUACCAGAACCUAUUGCUACGUCAAGUAAUUCUAUAACAGGGUCGUCAACUACGGUAGGAACUCAACCUGAAAAAAUUACAUCCCUGUCUCCAUUUAUAUCCAACAAGGUUGGAAUGACUGGAGAUCCUCUUACAACUCCAAAACCAAAAGUUGGUUUGACGAAGCCUGGAAGUUUCCAAAGACCAAGUUUUGCAAAACUGGACAAAAAGAGAGGAAUGGGGUUCCCUACAUUGUAUUCAGCUUCAUUUAAACUGAAUUGA